UCUGUAAAGUCACUGUAUCUCUCACUCUGACACACGCACACACACACGCCCGAGCGCGCACACACACACACACACACAAACACACACACUCCUGUGCACAGUGCAGCGCGCGCGCGGCAGCAUGACCGGCGGUCCUAAAGACGGAGAAACCGAGGAAUACAUUCACUCACCGUUCAUCAGGAAACAGGGGAACAUAUACAAGCCAAACAACAAAGACAUGGACAGCGACAGCAUCCACGAGAAGACCUUGCAUGACGUGCACACCAAGGAGAUAGACCUGGUCAACCGGGACCCAAAGCAUUUAAACGAUCAUGUAGUUAAGGUGGACUUUGAGGACGUGAUCGCUGAGCCUGCAGGCACCUACAGCUUUGAUGGUGUGUGGAAAGCCAGCUUCACCACGUUCACGGUCAGCAAGUACUGGUUCUACCGGCUGCUGACGGCGCUGGUGGGCAUCCCGCUGGCGCUGAUCUGGGGCAUCUUCUUCGCCAUCCUGUCCUUCCUGCACAUCUGGGCUGUGGUGCCGUGCGUGAAGAGCUACCUGAUCGAGAUCCACUGCGUCAGCCAGGUCUACUCCAUCUGCGUGCACACCUUCUGCGACCCGCUGUUCGAAGCCAUGGGGAAGUGCUUCAGCAACGUCCGUGUCACCAGCACGAAGGUGGUGUAGGAGCGCAGAAAGUGAAGGAAGAAAUAAGGCCGGGGGUGGGUGGGGUUCUGUGGAGUGGGUGGAGUCUCAGAAGGAGGGGAAUAAAGAUAAAAAAGGAGAGAGAAAGCUAGAAAAAAAAAAGAAAAAAAAAUGCCCUUCAUGUUGAAGAGGUUGACGUGAAAAGAAUACAGAGGCUUUUGAGUCUCAGAUUUAUGAUUCGUCUCCCUCCAGUCUGGGCUUCUCUACGGAUCUAUGAAAUAUUAUUAGGGAUUUUAUUAUUUUUUAUAAUUUGUUAGCGUUUAUCACUAAACAAGCAGCAGAUCAGCCUUGCGUUUUAUUCCGCUUCCUGGGACAAGGCUGUGAAUCUGUAGCUUUUGUUUGUCCCUCUUCAUUCAUGCUUGAAUCCACAUUUAUUUCAUCCAUCAUUACCCCCCAGUUUUUUCAGUCUUAACUAAACUUUUAACAUCUUACUCUUUUUUUUAUUCUUCCCUAAAGUGUAGAAAGUUUCUUUUUCAGUGUGGAGAGUCACUAACCCAGAGCCCGGGCCAGGAAAAGAGAUAUUUUGUAGAGACAUCUUAAAACACUUAACGUGAAAAAGCUUAACGUAGUUUAAGUUACCGGAAAAAAAAACAAAAUCUCACACACUUACCUGGUCAUAAACACUCUCCAGUGCCUAAAGGACAAAACUGUAAUCUAAAAAUAACUCAAAUAUUUUCAUCUUAAGCAUUUAAGCUUUAAAGACACCCACGGUGAGGGAACAGCUUUAUAAGGAAACGAAGCUUAAAAUGAUGUGUUAAAAUGAAGAUGUAGAAACACCAAAUUUCUUUUAACAUCAUAUUUGACAUCAAAUUUCUUCGUGAUAUCAUAACUGUCUACUAUCAAAAGUAUGAUUCCAUAAACUAAAUAUAAAGCGCAGAGUUUCGCGUGAACCUUUUCCCCCAUUAUAAACUUCUUAUAAUAAACAGCUUAACAUGGUGUAAUGUGUUAAAACAUCCAUUAUAUCUCCUGUCUAUGAUUAAAAGACUCAUAUAGAGUCUUAUAAACUCAGUAUAGAUAUAAAGAUUUGGUGUUACUUGGUGCUUGCUUUCGUAAUUACGCAAUGAGAAGGUUUUUCCACAUUAAGUGCUGAAGAACGUCCCAUUUCAUGCACACGAUUUAGUUUAACGUGGCCAUGAGAUAUUAAAUCGAGCUCAUGAGAUCGUAACGCUUGCACAACUUUAUUCACUCUCUCAGUUUUUGUAUUUCUAGCUCUCAGAUUAAUUACAUUUUGUCCACAUUUUACUUCAUUUCUGUUUUUCUUCCUAACAAAACUAUGACAUUUCAGGUGCUCUCAGUAUGUUUUAGCACAAAUGAACUAAAAUGUAGGCACAAUUUUAUUCAUUUGCAAAGUAAGAGUGUGAAUAAAGUAAAUCUAUAUCUCUUAACUCUUAUUUUUUUACCUUAUUAAACAAAGAUCGACAAUAAUGAGGACAUCAGAUAUAUUAAGACACCAAUUUAAACAGCAUAAACAAAAUCAACGCCAGGGUCUAAAAAUAAUGUACAGGAAAUUGAGACCUUGUGGAUAUCUUACAGUUACAUUACUAUUACUAUUACUAUUCUUUUUUUUUUUUUUUUUACAUGUGCAUACAAUUUAUGUGCAAGAGUUUUAAAAUAAUCUAGUUAGUAUUUUUUUUUCGUGGCCUCUCCAGGGCUCCGUACACUUAUUGUUCAUUUUGUUGGGAAUUUUGUUAAUUUUUUUGUAAUAAAAUGAUAAAGUGGGCGUGUUCCUGCUGAUUUUUGAGACUGCCCAUGACACUGCAUGCUGCCAUUGCUGUACCGCGGUCCAAACACAAGGCGAAACGAGCUGACUUCAGUGAAACGGUCAGCAUAAGCUAACACGAGAGACUGUACCUGCUUUUGCAACACGCCCAAUCCUUUAACCAGCUUUUUUUUUUUUUUUUUUGAGUGACAUUACAGAAUGACAGCUUCUACGCUUAACUAAAACCUAAGAAGCCUUUGAGCAUCAGUGAAGGCUGAGCUUUUAGCAUGAAGGCACUGCUUUAGCAAACAUCCACUAUAUGAACAUGAAGUACUUUUUUAUUUUGUCAUUUUUUUUUCCAAUCCUUACUCUUGUUCAUAACACUUUAUCGAUCGGCUCUGGUGCAUUGCAUCAUGACACAGUUUGUAUGUCUGUAUUUGUUUCUGCAAAAAAAAAAAAAAAGUGCUUGGAAAAAAUUUAAGAUAUCGAUCCUUGUUGCUUUUCGAUUUGUUCACUGUCGGACUCACACACUGGCAAAGACUGGCAACAAGCUGAAAUCUUUCAGCCCCUUGGACUCCUGAUGAAACCGGGGCGCGUAAUCUCUUUUCUACUGCCAUUGUGCUCACUUUGUUUUUUGUUUUUUUUUCGACUCGGUCGCCUUGCUGUCUACCUGCUGUCUCUGAGGAUGGGAAAAUGUGUGAUGAAAUGAGCCUCUUGCCAUGCGAGAGCUGUAUUUUUUUACAUUCCUUCCCUGCUUUUUACUGUAAACAUCACGCCGUGCACAUUAAAAAAACAAUCAAAUGAAA